AUGGACGGUUCCCUACCAACUGAAAUCGGUAACUUGAAGAGUCUUUCUCUAUUAGAUAUCUCCAAUAACAAUCCGUCUGGAGAAAUCCCCUCCUCCAUCAGUGACUGUAACAGCUUGGAACAUCUUAAUAUGGGGCUUAACUUGCUUGAAGGAACCAUUCCUCAAUCUUUUACUCUUUUGAAGGGGCUUCAAGAUUUAGAUCUUUCACUCAACAACUUAUCAGGACAAAUCCCAAAAGAUCUAAAGAAACUUUCAGCAUUGAAGAGUUUGAAUUUACCCUUCAAUAAUCUUGAGCCGGAGGUACCAACAAAAGGAAUCUUUGGAAAUACAAAUGUAAUUUUUGUGAAUGAAAAUGAUAAGCUUUGUGGGGGAAUGGCAAAGUUACAACUUCCAACAUGCACAAACUGUGGACCUAUGAAACAAGAAAAGUCCAAUGCUUUUAGAAUUGUUUUGGAAAUAAUCAGUGUGGUUCUUGGUUUACUUCUGAUAUCUUCCUUUAUUACUCUUUAUUGGAUAAGCAAAUCAAAAAGUAAACCUCCAUCUACACCAUUAAUAGGUGACAAGCUCUUAAAGCUUUCUUACAAAGAGCUCUUCCAAGCUACUGGAGGAUUUUCUUCAAAUAAUUUCAUAGGUUUCAGAAGUUUUGGCUCUGUAUACAAAGGGAUUAUCGACCAAGAUUUCAAAGCCCUUGUUUAUGAGUUCAUGCCCAAUGGGAGUCUAGAUGAUUGGUUGCAUUUGCCGAUGGAGACACAUGGUCAUUCAGGGAAUUUAAGCCUUCUUCAAAGACUUAACAUCGCAAUUGACGUGGCUUCUGCAUUGGAUUACCUUCAUUACCAUUGUUGUACGACAAUUGUUCAUUGUGACUUGAAGCCAAGCAAUAUUCUACUUGAUAGUGAUAUGACUGCACAUGUCAGUGAUUUUGGUUUGGCGAGGCUACUUUUAGAAACUGAUGACAAUUCAUCUCGAACUCAACCUAGCACCAUUGGGACAAAAGGAUCUAUUGGCUAUGUUGCUCUAGGUAAAAAAAAUAAGCUGAAAACUUUAUUUUGA